AUGGCUGUCGAGACAUUUGAUGUUGCCGUCGUAGGCCUCGGCGCCCUCGGAAGCUCAGCAGCAUACCAAGCGGCCAUCAAGGGCGCCAAAGUCAUCGGCUUCGAGCAGUUCGAGCUCGGCCAUGUCAGAGGAGCAUCUCACGACACUUCACGAAUCGUCAGAACAUCAUAUGGUGCUCCCGAAUUUGUUGCUCUCGCUCGCUCCGCCUACAAGGACUGGGCUGAGAUUGAAAGGCGUUCGGGGCUAAAGAUGCUUACAAUUACGGGCGGCGUCGUCUUUCUCCCCAAAGAUGGACCGAAUGGUUCUCAUACCUUUUCCGAUAGCCUCGACGCCAACAAUGUCCCGUAUGAACGGCUAAGUGCUGCUGAAGUCAACCGUCGAUGGCCCGGGUUCAAUGUUCCGGACAGCGUGGACACCAUUUAUACGGCAGAUACAGGCAUCGUCCAUGCUUCCAAGGCAGUGACUACCAUUCAGUAUCUUGCCCGUGGUGCUGGCGCCAUUCUCAGGGAUAACACCAGCGUGGACGCAGUGGUGCCACAACCCGGCGGCGGCGUCCUCGUCAAAACAUCCGGAGGCGACGUCCAUGCAAAAAAGGUCAUCAUUGCCGCCGAUGCUUGGACCAACAAACUCCUCGGCCCCCUCGGCGUGGAGCUGCCCCUUACGGUAAUGCAGGAGCAAGUUACGUAUUACAAACCUAAGCCUGAGCACGAUGCCCGCUUCGAGUCAGACAAGUUUCCGGUGUGGAUUUGGGGAGGGGCAGGUUCGGAUGAGAAGUGGUUCUAUGGAUUUCCCUUCUACGGUGAGCCAGUGCUCAAAGCAGGCCAGGAUGCUGGCAGAAACGACAUGGUCCCAGAAGAACGUACCUGGGUUCCUUCGGAAAGACUACGAAGGGAAUUAAACACCUUUAUUGAUGGCCUCAUUCCAGACCAUGGCGAGGAGUUACGGACAGUUACUUGCCAAUACACCAUCACGCCUGAUCGGCAGUUCAUCAUCAGUCCUAUGGAAAAGCACAAGGACAUCAUUGUCGCCCUCGGAAAUGCUCAUGCGUUCAAGUUUGCGCCAGCUAUUGGUCGCGUGACGGCUGAGCUUGCUUUGGAGGGAAAGGCGACAGAUGAUCUGUCCAAAUUUGGGUUCUCACAGCCCACAGUGAGCAAGCUGUAA